UUAAAGCCUGCACUCGCGGUCCCACCUAGUAAAUACCCGGAUAUUGUAAACAAAACUUUAGUCGUGUAUAUUUAUACAGCAUGUCAUGAUCGUACAAGUGUGUGGAGUUUAACUUGAAAUUGAUCAAAUAACAAAUGAAUGAAGCGAGAAAUUUUACUGAAUAGUUUAAAAAAGGAGGCCAUGCAAUGUCUUCACAUGGACUAUCUGAAGUGUACGUGUUGUUAUGGAACACCAAAACCCGUCGCAUAGACGAUUAAAAAUUGGAUUAAUAAUCAACGGAUUAUUGAUCGCCAGACACUGUCGGCUUACACUCGUGUUGUUUUAAAGAGUUUAAAGUCCCGGUUUAUUGGCGUAUACUAUCAAAAAACUGUUCAUUUCAGUGGUGGAUAUUUUAAAAAGUUGUGUAUCUUUAGGAGCAAAAACGAAAAAAAAAAUAAAAUUAAAGGAACGACGAAAGACCAUCAUGGAUUUCUCCAAAUUUCGUCAAAGUGGAGAUCUUUCCGAUCUCACUGUUAACGUGAACGAGCAGAUCUUCAAACUUCACAAAUUUCCACUCUAUGCAAAAAGUGAGUACUUCUGCAAACUUGCACACAGUGCUGAUGUGAAGAAGGUUGAGCUUGUGGGCUUUCCUGGAGGGCCCGAUAUUUUUAGCACGGUAGCCGACUUCUGUUACAACAUGAAAGUGGAACUCACCAAAAACAACAUAGUGCAGGUUCGUUGCGCGGCAGAGUUCUUGCAGAUGAAAGGUGAAGGCAAUUUGAUUGACAUGGCAGAUAAGUUCUUCAACGACACUAUUACGUCAACAAAAAUGAGCAGGUCGACGUCAUGUAUUGCGUCAUUGCUUCUGUUUGCGUCUACUGUUGGAGAAUUGGCCAAUGUCUCCGGAAUCGUCGACGUCUGCUGUGAGGCUCUCAUAGAGUGCUGGCUGAAACCACCGACAAAAUUCAGUUCACCGACGAACAUUUCAAAGCAAUCGCUAGAUCGGCGAGAGGACAGGACAAUCAAUGCUUUACUCAGUCUUCCUUUGGACUGGUAUUUGAAGCUUGUCAUUUCAGCACGUGACCGGGGCGUCCAGUCGUCAUUACUAGCGGAGCUCUCCACGUCUUACAUCUCAGUUUUGAUUGAUCGCGAUGAAUCUGAAGAGAAUUCAUCGCAAAGCACCGAAUCGGGUGAGAUCACCUCCAAAUCCCCUCGUCCGAAAUCGCCAAAGAAAACAGACAUUGCUAAAGUUCUUGACAAUAUUAUAACGGUCUUGCCAGAAGAAUCUCUGUUCAGUGACGUCAUCACGAUUGAAUGGUUAACGAAGGUAAUUCGAGUUGCAACGUCAUAUAAUUGCAAAUGUAGAAAACUUCUUGUCAAGGCUGCAGGGGAGUUGCUCUGCAAAAUUUCUGCAGAAGAACUGUGUACCAUUUCACCAUCUCUAUUACGAGACAUUGUGCAAGAAUCGUGCACUUCAGGAAAUGGACAAAUCGAAAAAGCAUGCCGUAUUGUCGAUACGUACAUGUCCGAGAUGGUUCGAAAGGGGGUUCUAACAGCUGAUACAUUCAAACUACUGGCAACGGUAGUGCCAAAGGAUGCUCGAAGCAACCAUGAUCAGAUGUACAACAUACUGGAAUAUGUUUUAACAGCAGAACGGGAACAUUUAAGCACGGAACAACGCCAGGAACUUAUAGAAACCGUGAAUUUCACGCUUUUGAACGAAGAGACACUGCAAGGUGCUUUGGCAGCUUCCGUGGUCCCCGCAAACUAUGUCGCAAAAGGAGCCAUUGCGUUGUGUUCUCGUCUUCGGAGUGACCUGGAGACGGCGCGUGCAACCUUGCAACGCCAAGAUGACGAAAUCAAGCGCCUGAAAACUGCCGUCAAGCGCGGUAAAAGUCUGGGAACGCCCAUUAUGACCAGUUCAACGUCUAGUCUACGGGAUACGUCGUUCGGAAGCCUUAACGGCGCACGUGACCCGGAACUUGAUCAGUUACUGGAACUACCAACCAAAGAUCAAAGUACUGAUGCGAACGCCCCGUACACCACGAGCGAGGUACUGUCAGCGGUCCGGAACAAGCUAGCCCAUACCGCCUCCAGUUCCUCCCCUUACAACACCUUCCGGCCCCUGUCUCAGGAGCACGACAUUAGCUAUGAGGAGGAGUUGGAGUAUAAACACGACCGGGCCUUCAGACCGCUGGAUAAUGCACGGACAAAGGUCAAACCAAUGUAUGGGCCGACUUAUAGGACUUACUCGGCCUACAGCCAUCGUUAUUAAUAAGGAGGCGCGGAUCCAGUGUUUUUAUAGAAUGAGUGUAGUGAAUUGUAGUCAGUUGUACAAGAGCAGAUGAACUAUAGCAAAAUUCAACUUCAUAGAAAUUUUUUAAAAAAAUCAAACUUUCAAUGACAAAGAAAAAGGGAAUACAGAUUGAAUCGCCUGCAAGAUGAACUGAUUUUAAGUUUAAGUUACCAUAUUAUGGGACAAGAUACAUGCAUUUUCAUUUCAUAAAUGUCUGAAUUGGACAAGAAAUGACCAUCUCAUGCAAAGCCAAAGGACGCGAAUCAAAUGAUUCAAAGAAUAACAGAAUGUGGUACAGAAUCAUAUUAUUGAAUAAAUUUAUAUACUUUUUUUUAUACAGCGGAA